AUGGGUUUGAAAAACAAUGCAAAAGACAUUCAACUUCAUUUGUUAAGAAUGUUUCAUGUUUCAGUUGAUUCUAGUUACAAGUUUCUAAAAAGACAUCCAAAAUUUUCAUGUCUUUUAUUGGUUUUUUCUAUUUUCUAUAGUUUCCUUUCAUACAUUUACACAUUCUUAGGUUACAUGUCACCUUUUCUUAUAUGUGGUGCAAUAUUCUUGAGAAUCUUUUGGAGUUCUGAGAAAACACAAUUAAGAUAUGCGAAAAUCGGAGAGAAAAAAGAAGAGGAAGAGUUGAAAGUUGAACCGAAGAUUCUACCACCAAAGAUACCGAUACCGAGCAUUAUAAGUAGACAUGAGCAAAUUCUAUUCAAGUAUCCGUCGCAAAAUGCGACGAGUAGAAGGAGAAACUUUAGGGAGAAGAAAUGGGAUGUGUAUGGUGGAUUAGAAGAAAAGGCGAAAGAUUUAUCAGAAGUUUUUCAAAAUGAGUACACUAAUAAAAGAAACAUUGGACCUUUUAAGAAAGGAGAGAGUUCUUUGUAUUAUGGUUUAUCAUCGGGUAGAAGAGCUCAUCACGCAGUUAAGAGAUCAUUAAGAUCCGAGCCUUCGAUGGUUGAUCUUGUCGAAUGUGGUGAUACGGAAAUGGAUAUAGAAAAGAUGGAGGAGGACGACGAAGAGGAUGAUGUGAAGAAUACUAUUGAAUGGACAGAAAAUGAUCAGAAGAAUCUUAUGGAUGUUGGAAAUUCUGAGAUGGAGAGAAAUAGAAGGCUUGAGAAUCUUAUAGCUAGAAGAAGAGCAAGAAAAUUGUUGAAGUUGCAAGUUGAGAAUGGUUUGGUGGACAAGAAAGCAGUGUCACCGAGUUCGAUGAAACCGUUGGUUGUUAAAAGAGAAAGUUGUGAUAUUGAUGAUUUAGACAUGCCUGGCUCUGCUCCUUCUGUUAUGCCAAGGAGUCCUUAUGAUAUUCCUUAUGAUUCUUAUGAGGAGAAACCGAAUCUUUCAAGUGGCGGUUUUCUUAAAGAUUUUCAGAAGGAUGUGCUUUUUAGUAGGCAUGAGAGUUUUAGUUUAGGUUCAAAUUUUUCAUCAGAUAUGAAUCAUGAACAUGGAACUAGAGAGAGUCAUUCUUUUCAUGGCAGGAAAUUUUCAGAAAAACAUGCUUUAUCAAGAUUUAGAAGGCUUCCAGAUAAAGGGAAUCAUGACUGGCUAAUUGAGCAAUUGAUCUACAAUGAUGGGGCUGAACAUGGAAUUCAAGAACCAAAACCACUUGUCAAAGGCAAGGAAGCAAAACUCGAAAAUGAUGAAAAAUGUAAAACUCAUAUAGAUGACACAAAAACCAUGUCAGUUCAAUCAAGUGAAUCAGGCUCAAAAGUUUCAAACAUCUCAAACAUUGAAACUAAUAGUGUUUCACAAAAACCAGGGUCAGGGCCGGCGUCAAGGUUUUUGAAGUCUCACGAGAGGCUCCUUAGUUUACCGGUUUCUUUUACCGAUACAAAAACUAUGAACGAAUCUAUGUGUGACAGUGUUCCAUCGCCACUCGACAAGAGACAAGAAACUAUGUUCUCAGGCGAUCGACGACUUUGUCACACGCCAACAUACUCCAUAGCUUCUGAUUUACAAGUGGAACUUUCUGAAAUUGGUUCGCCUUCAUCGACCGUUGAUGAUAACGUCGAUUCCAAUUCAUCAAGUGAUAGAGAUAGAGAUUCUAUGUUAUAUGAUGGAGAUAUUGAUAGAGAUGUUAGUUCUGGCAGUGAAGAUUUGUGGGGAGCUUCUUUCCAUGGAAAAGGAAUUAAAACCGAAGAGAAUAACAACGGCGAAGAUGCAAAUAACAGCUUAAAGGAAAUUGCUUCGCCUAUGUCUUUACGACAAAUAGAUGAAGAAGAUGUAGCUGAUGUUAGUUCGUAUUCGUCAAGAGACGAAGGACGUGAAGAUACACCAACUUGCUGUGUAGUAAACACCGAUCAUAACGCUUUCGGUAAUUAUAUGAAAUUUUCUCGGGGGAAAUAUGAAGUGCCGCAAUCUUCUCGUUCGCCUUAUGAUACAAUAUCUCAGAAUAAGUUGAUAGGAAGCCCUAUGGAUCAAAUAUCGGAAGAGAUUUCGAUUAAUGAGUCGCAUGAUGUCAAUGAUGUGAAUAACUUAGCGACCACGGAACAAGGUAACAGAGAGAACUUGAUAAGUAGCGAAGAUCCUGGUAAUAUUCCACCAGUUGUAAGGCAAGAAUCACUUGAUGAUGAAGGCUCUAGUGAAUCGAUUUCAUCGUCACCGAGGUCUGUUUUACCAGACAAGACCAUAUCAGAUGACGCUGCGUCUCCGUCUUUUAAUCAACAGAUGGAGAUAGGUUCUCCGCAAUCUAUCAUCGAAGAUAUGCCACAGGAUACUUUGAAUGAAGAUGAACAUUCACAUGACAACAUGUCUCGAAGUAUUCAAACUUUGGUGGAUGAGAUAACGGAUGAAUCACAUAAUGUUGAAUCAACCAUUCCUAGAAACAUGAAUGAUGAACAAACUUUGGUGGAUGAGAUAACUGAUGAAUCCCGUAAUGUUGAAUCAAACAUUCCUAGAAAUAUGAAUGAUCAACAAACUUUGGUGGAUGAGAUAACCGAUGAAUCACAUAACGUUGAAUCAAACAUUUCUAGAAACAUGAAUGAUGAACAAACUUUGGUGGAUGAAUCACAUAAUGUUGAAUCAAACAUUUCUAGAAACAUGAAUGAUGAACAAACUUUGGUGGAUGAGAUAACUGAUGAAUCACAUAACAUUCCUAGAAAUAUGAACGAUGAACAAACUUUGGUGGAUGAGAUAGCCGAUGAAUCACAUAAUAUUGAAUCAAACAUUCCUAGAAACAUGAAUGAUGAACAAACUUUGGUGGAUGAGAUAGCUGAUGAAUCACAUAAUGUUGAAUCAAACAUUCCUAGAAACAUGAAUGACGAAGAAAUCGAAAGAUAUGAACAACGAGGCGAAUUAAAUAAUGGCGAAAGUAGUGAAGACAAUUCUUCACACCAAAUUAGCCAAGAGGCUACUUCAGAAUCCAUCAAACAAAUAAAUGUGAUGGAAACUAUGAAUGAAGAAGAAUCAAGAGAUAUAGCUGAUGACAAAGUUCCAUCGAUAGACGUGGUUGAAGAAGAUAAAAAUGAGCCAUUAGCAGUAGCAAAUGGUAACAUCAAUGAGGAGUUUCCGCAACCACAGGUCAUCGAUUCAACUGUUUGCGACAAAGAAACAAUCGAGGGUCAUACGGAGGAUACAUUAACGACUUAA